AGAGGCUCCCGCCCCUUCUUGGGCAGACCCGGAAGCGGUGGCCCCAGGGGGAAGAUGGCGCCCUCAGGGCUGAAGGCGGUGGUGGGAGAGAAGAUCCUGAGUGGGGUUAUUCGAAGUGUCAAGAAGAAUGGAGAGUGGAAGGUUCUUGUCAUGGACCGCCCCAGCAUGCGGAUCAUGUCUUCCUGCUGUAAGAUGUCAGACAUUCUAGCCGAGGGCAUCACCAACGUCGCUUGGUGUGGUGCCGUGGAUGGAUGCCCAGUUGUGGAGGACAUUAACAAGCGCAGGGAACCCAUCCCCAGCUUGGAAGCCAUUUACCUGUUGAGCCCAUGUGAGAAGUCUGUCCAGGCUCUGAUCAAUGACUUCCGGGGAACCCCUACCUUUACCUACAAAGCUGCCCACAUCUUCUUCACAGACACCUGUCCUGAGCCCCUUUUCCUCGAACUGGGCCGAUCAAGGCUGGCCAAGGCUGUGAAGACGCUGAAGGAGAUUCACUUGGCUUUCCUUCCCUACGAGUCCCAGGUGUUUUCCUUGGAUGCAGCCCAUAGCACUUAUAACUUGUACUGCCCCUUCCGGGUCAAUGCAAGGAUUCGGCAGCUGGAGGUUUUGGCCCAGCAGAUCGCUACGCUCUGUGCCACCCUGCACGAGUACCCUGCUAUUCGCUACCGAAGACCCAACAUACUUGUAGCGCAAACCACAGGCUUUGGGACAGUCCUCCUCCUCUCAUGGCCCAGCUCUGGAGUGAUGAAGCAGGUUGGGGGCAUCCACUUCCUCAGCUUGGAUCCCUUUUUCCUCUCCUCCAUCUUCCCUAGGGGGUCUGAGGACACUGCCCAGCUUGCCCAUGCUGUCCUUGCCAAGCUCAAUGCCUUCAAAGCAGACAAUCCCAGCCUGGGGGAGGGCCCUGAGAAGAUGCGGUCUCAGCUACUGAUUGUGGACCGGGGCUCCGAUCCUGUGUCCCCUUUGCUGCAUGAGCUCACUUUCCAGGCCAUGGCCUAUGACCUUCUGGACAUCCAGCAGGACACCUACAGGUAUGAGACGACGGGUCUGAGUGAGACCCGGGAGAAGUCUGUGCUUCUGGAUGAGGAUGAUGAGCUGUGGGUGGAACUUAGGCAUAUGCACAUUGCAGAUGUGUCCAGGAGGGUCACAGAGCUGCUGAAGACCUUCUGUGAGAGCAAGAGGUUGACCACAGAUAAGGCAAACAUAAAAGACCUCUCCCACAUCCUGAAAAAGAUGCCCCAGUAUCAGAAGGAACUGAACAAGUACUCGACACACCUGAACUUGGCCGAUGACUGCAUGAAACACUUUAAGGGCACCGUGGAGAGACUCUGCAGUGUCGAGCAGGACCUGGCUUUGGGCACAGAUGCAGAAGGGGAGAAGAUUAAGGAUGCCAUGAAGCUGAUUGUUCCCGUGCUGUUGGACACUGGGGUCCCCCCGUAUGACAAGAUCCGUAUCCUCCUACUCUAUAUCUUGCUGCGGAACGGAGUGACCGAGGAGAAUCUGGCCAAGCUCAUCCAACAUGCCAAUGUGCAGGCACACAGCAACCUCAUCCGAAACCUGGAGCAGCUCGGGACCACAGUCACCGUUGCCACGGGCUCCGGGGCCCCUACCCGAGGAGAUCGAAAGGAGAGGUUGGAGCCAACUUACCAACUAUCCCGCUGGACACCCGUCAUCAAGGACGUGAUGGAGGACGCUGUGGAGGACAAGCUGGACCGGAAACUAUGGCCCUUUUUAUCUGACCCUGCCCCCGCCUCCAGCUCCCAGACUGCUGUCAGCGCCCGCUUUGGUCACUGGCACAAGAACAAAACUUCAGUGGAGUCUUCCCGGGCUGGGCCCCGACUCCUGGUUUACAUGCUGGGUGGCGUGGCUAUGUCUGAGAUGCGGGCAGCCUACGAGGUGACCCGGGCCACUGAAGGAAAGUGGGAGGUGCUCAUUGGUUCUUCCCACGUCCUCACUCCCACCCAGUUCCUGGAUGACCUCAAAAGUCUGGACCAGAAGCUGGAGGACAUCCCCAUGCCUUGAGUUUGGAGCAGCUUGAUGUAAUCCCCUCCCCUCCCCAACAGGCAAUAAAAUCCCAUGGACUCCCAACCUCA